AUGGCGCCACCUAUUAUCAUAACGUCAGCAGGCCAGACACGGUCACGUCUGCCAACCAAAUGGAUCCAGGAGGCUGCCACCACGUCUUGCACAGCUCCAACCACCAAACACGGUGAGCUUGGCUCUUCUCUGCAAGAGUCUCCGCUACGAUGGUCGACGCAUACCCUUGCUGCUGAUCCGCAUGAUACCGUUCGCAGCCGCGCCGACUCCACCACCUCGACCUACGUUGACACCUUUGCACAUCGUCGCAAGAACCGUCUAAGCGAUCUCACCUUUGUAGAUCUCGUCGACGAUGUGGCACCCACUUGCCUCGUCGAAUCGACAAGCCAUGCAUCCAGUCUCAACGAUCUAUCUGCUACCUUGCACAACGACGACGAUCAAUCUACCAAUCUCUCUUUAAUGGCCAAGUACAAUGUUGUCUUGCCGCACACAAGUGACAUCCAUGUCGGCCUCGAUGGUGAUCUGAAUGCCAACUCACUGCACAGCAACCAAGAUGACAAACUUCAAGAUGAUGAGGACGCUAUGGCUUACAGGAUUGACAGGCUCAUGGCUGCCACCAUGGAGGCUCUUGAAGCUUCCAAUCGCCUCGUUCUCGACACGCUUUCGUCCAGGGCCAAGCUCGCGCAGCUCAAUGCUAUGGAAGCGGCCCUCGACUCACACCUCGACGCUAGAGAAUCGCAUUUAAGGCGUCAGAUUCAAGCCGUCACGGACAUGACCGACUUUGUUUCAAAGACCUCUGCCGAGCUGCAAAAGCUCAUCUCACCUUGUCAUGGUCUGCAAAUCCCUUCAGUCGCUGCAUCCGUCAGUCAAUCUAACGGCCUCGCUCAUCCAUCCGAGCUUCACGUGCGAGAUACAGCGGCCACAGGCAUCGUUCAGGCUCUCGAUCGGGACGCCACAAUCGGCAAGACGGCAGUAAAGCGACUCGAGCGCAUGCUUCAAACCCCCUCUCCCACCACUUCUCUCUCGGCAGCCUCAGCACAACGACGGAGCAACAGUAACUCGAGCAGACGUGCCUUUUCCAUCUCCAACUUUGCCUCUGUUCAGUCGAGCAUCACAGAGGAGACCCCAUCUGAACACAUCGAGACGUCCGCUACGCCUGAUCUAGGCUCCAGCUAUUUUGCCUCAGCAUCGGCAAUUGCCCCGGUCGGCACCAUCGCUACGUCUAGCAGCCGAACUUUGACAUCUCAGAAGAAGCGCUCAGUAAGCUACGACAGCCGCGCACCCGGCGCCUUGAAGCUUAUGAGCAAACGAUCUGUCCCAGCUACAGCCGCUGCUUCUGGUUUGAUCUCAAGCGCAAGUGUGCUCGCUGGAGCGACUUCGGCAGCGGAUGCCUCUUGCGCACCUCCAGCGGCAUCGGACAUGGCGGAGAAGCCUGUUGCGGAUGCUUAUGAUUCGAAUGGGUUGAAGCGGCCCAUGAUACGACCCUCGCUCAUGGACGCCCUCCGCCAAGAUGCCAAAGUCGCGCCUUGGCAGCCGUCUCUGCUCUCCAAGACAUCCGUUGGCGAGGAAUCUUCAAUGCGGCCGCAAACGCAAGCCGGUUCGGGCCUGCCGAGCUACACCAAGGGAACCAACUCAAAGUCGUCCGCGUACGUGGGCGUUGCGGCAACAGCUGCAGAAUCGACGCUGGCAGCGCUGCUUGGAAUGCCUUCGGCCGCAGCAUCAACACCUUCGCGCACCGAGACGCCCUCAGAGUCGUCCUACUUUGACAGCGCCAUGGAAGAUUCUCUCUCUUCGGCAUCGCCUCCGACACCCAGCAGCAUGCACGCCAUCAACAGCGUGCUCGCUACACCGUGGAAGCCUGCAUCCCCCGAAAGCGAGCGCGACAACAGCGACGUAACUUCGCAGCAGCAGAGAUCAGCUAGACGUGCUUCGGUAUACUCGAGUGCGGUUAGCCCAAGAGCAUCCCUGUCACUCUCGGAUCGCGAUCGAGCAGCGCAACUGUCCUUGCAGCUCGCCGAGCUGCGCGCUGAGCGUGUGACGUGGAAUCCCAACGCCAUCGGAAGCGGCGAGAGAGAUGCAGCAGGCAACUUAACUUCUGAGUCUGGUGGCGGUGGAGGCGGUGCACUGCGUGCACUGCAAAAGCUCAACGAGAGGUCGGCGGCCAAGAUUGCCAGCCGCAGUGGCCUUUCGUCAGAGGAAGGCGCAAGUAAGCGGGUCUCGCUCAGCCUUGGGCUGCCGAACUUUUCCGCGCUUAGGCCAAGUGCCAGUCGCUCGACCUCGACGACUGCGCCGAUUGCACCAGCACGCGCAGCCUCGUCCUCGACUUCGGCAGUGCGUGCCUCCCAACAGCCUAUUUCUCCAAUCACAGCAGAAGAUGCAUCGUCGACUCUCACGCGAGAUCCGGCCGCGGCCGCGGCCGCGACUAGCGAGGAUAUGCCUGCACCAGCCAAUGCGCCAUCUUCGUCGUUGCUUGGCGGCGGUUGGCGAUCAUGGGCGUCUUGGAAUGCAGCGCCCGCCAUGGCAGCCAUCGGCGAACACUCCACUCCCCAAAAGCCAUAA